UCGUAAUACGCCCAGCUUCCAUGCUGCUUUGAAUAAAUAGGCUCAUUUCCUCGGUUCAUUAUUAGCGAGACCCACGAAAGAUCUAAAUGAGAGAAUUGCUGUCAACAGGGCAUGCAUCAAGUAUACAAUUGCUAACGUGUUGCGGCAGAUGAAACAAAUUCGAGAAUUGCUGUCAAUUGGGUAUCAAGUUGGUGGCCAUGGCCGGUGGCCUUAAGAGUUUCCGAUAUCCUACUAACAGCCAAAUGGGGAUUAGUUGACGAAAUUCAAAGACAAGACCAGGUUGUUACUUAUUUAGUAUGUCCUUGACCAAACGAUCAGUUGGAGCCAAAAUAGGGCUGGGCGCAGCCACAAAUAGCAAGACUGAGCUGUACUUUCCUUUUUCAAUCCCAACGGUCGAGAAAUAGAAACAACCAGUUUGACCAUCUGGUCUUCUUCCUCCUUUUUCUCCUCCCUUGUUGUUUAUCUUCUCCCGGUUUCAUUUGAUUUUUGCCAAAUGAUAAGAAACGUCCAUGUGCUGGGUGCGGAACUGAACAAGGUGAAUUGGCGACCGGAAUUGUUUUUCGAGGUGGCAGCAGUGGUGUUUGAAUUCCAGGACACGUAACGAUGGGCACGAACCAAAUGCCGCAGGUCAUGACAGCUCCGGGCCUGCUCGGGAACGAAACGGUAUGUUAUUCGGGGACCAUGAUAACAACGAAUGGAAUAUUUGUUAAUGAGGAUCCAAUGGGAUUUUCGCUGCCUAUCUUCAUCUUCCAAUUGGUGCUCAUUGUCCUCACAUGUCGCCUGCUCAUGCUUCUUCUUAAGCCUCUCAACCAGCCUCGCAUCUUGGCGGAGCUCAUCGCUGGCAUAAUUUUGGGUCCAUCAGCAAUGGGACGGUUUAAGUGGGUAACUGAUGUCGCAUUUGCUAAGGGAUCGCUGGCAUUGCUUGAGACAAUAGCCAAUAUCGGUAUCCUUUAUUUCGUCUUCAUAAUUGGACUAGAAAUGGACCUCUCGGUCAUCCGGAAAAAUGGGAAAAAGGCCUUCGUCUUUGCCAUUUCUGGGAUCUUUUUGCCUUUCCUCAUAGGCUGUGCUUUCUCCUUCUUUUUGCAUCACAAAACAACCAUGAAGGAAGACACAUUCCUUAUCUUCUUCUCCAUUUUUCUCUCCAUCACUGCACUUCCUGUGGUUUCAAGGAUCCUUUCAGAGUUCAGACUCCUCGACAUGGAGAUUGGCAAAAUAGUCCAGUCAGCUGCUCUCUUCAAUAACACUUUCGGAGCAGCUUUCGUAGUGUUUGCCAUUUCUACAGCAGAGUCACAAACUAUUUUCUCAACAACCCUCUGGGUGAUCGCAAGUAGCAUAAUUUUUAUCGUGUUCUCCAUUUUCGUAGUCCGACCAGGAAUCUCAUGGCUAGCAAGGCGAAGUACCCCAGAGGAUGAAAACUUCACCAACUUCACCAUAUCCAUUGCUCUCGGUGGGGUAAUGAUUUUUGGUUUCAUAUCAGAUUCCAUUGGAGUGCAUCCGAGUUUUGGAGCUUUUGUUUUCGGCCUGGUUUUUCCAAACGGCCCUCUUGCAGUCACCCUCGUAGAAAGGCUUGAAGACUUCAUUACGGGUUUUCUGCUCCCUCUCUUCUUUGUCAGUAGUGGGUUAAAGACUAAUGUUUCAAAAAUCCAGGGAGCCUCAACCUGGUUUACACUAAUUAUAGCAAGUAUUCUAUCCUCUGUUGCCAAAGUUGCUGGAACUGUCCUCGUUGCACUCUCUAUCAAGAUGCCUUUUCGUGAAGGAGUUGCUCUUGGUUUGCUCAUGAACUCCAAAGGCCUCGCUGAAUUGAUUGGCCUCAACCAUGGGAAAGAUCAGAAGGUUAUAGAUGAUACAGCAUACACAAUGAUGGUGAUCACAACUAUAUUUAUGAAUGCAGUCAUCACACCUCUAUUAAUACAAAUUUAUAGGCCAGCAAGGAAAUUUGUACCUUACAAAAGGAGAACAAUUCAAAAGACAAAAGCAGAUGCCGAGAUGCGAAUACUAGCAUGCAUCCACACUCCUCGGAAUGCCCCCACAAUCAUCGGCCUCCUUGAAGCCUCCCAUCCCACCAAGAAAACCCCAAUAUCUGUCUUCUCACUCCACCUAGUUGAACUCACUGGUCAUGGUUCUGCUACACUUAUUGUCCAUAACUCUCAAAAAUCCGACAGUACAGCCAUAAACAGAAUGCAGGCGCAGUCUGACCAGAUUACAAAUGCAUUUAAGACCUUGGAGCAGCACACUAAUUUUGUCUCUGUCCAAUCUCUCACUUCCAUUUCCCCUUACUCCACAAUGCAUGAAGAGAUUUGCAACUUGGCAGAGGAUAAGCGAGUUGCCUUCAUCAUUGUUCCAUUCCAUAAGCAACCGACAGUUGAUGGGGGGAUGGAAACUGCCAACUCCAAAAUCCAAAUGUUGAAUCAGAACGUACUAGUAAAUGCACCCUGUUCCAUUGGGAUUUUGGUUGACAGAGGACUAAGUGGGUCCAAAAGCUUGACGGCCGGUCAGGUAUCUCACAACAUUGCUGUGCUAUUCUUUGGCGGGCCAGAUGACAGAGAGGCACUAUCGUACGCAAUGAGAAUGUCUGAGCAUCCUGGGAAUAGCCUCAAUGUUAUUCGUUUCUUUCCAGGUCCGAAUGCAGUUGAGCCGACAAUGGACCAGAGUCAUGAUCUCAAUGAUACUGGGAUACUAACUCUGCAAAUAGGCAAAGAGCAAGACAAGCAGCUUGAUGAUGACUGCAUAAAAGAGUUCAGGAUGAUGAAGGCUACUGACGAAUCAUUUUCUUACAUAGAAAAGGUGGUGAACAAUGGAGAGGAGACAGUGGCGGUAAUAAGGGCACUAGACAACAUCCAUGAUCUUUUCCUAGUUGGAAGAGGAGAAGGAAUAAUAUCGCCGCUAACAGCAGGACUCACUGAGUGGAGUGAGUGCCCUGAACUUGGAGUAAUUGGUGACCUUCUGGCAUCGGCAGAUUUUGCAGCAGCUGUAUCAGUGCUGGUGGUGCAGCAGUAUGUGGGGGUAGGGCCAAAUGACGACGGAAUUGGAACACCAGACAAUGCGAGUCAGCAGGAAGAGCAGUGUAUUAUGGCGUCAGUCCGCCAGUGA